UUAAAAAAACCCCCAUUGCCAGUUAGGGUUUAUUCAUCUACGUAAGUGUGUGAAAACCGAAGCAACGGCUCCUUCUUCGACUCCUGCAAAUCCGGAGAGCUCAAUCACACACUCAAAGAGUUUGAUAUUUUCAAGGAAUGGGGAAGCUGGGGAAGAAGGCAAGGAAGUUCUCAAAGAAGAAUCUUCAGUCUGUGCUCAAAAGAAAGAGGCAGCUCAAGUCUCUGUUCAAAAGGAGAGCUUCUAAAAGAGAUCGGCAUAAUGCUGCUGAAGAUGAAGACGAGGUAGAUAUAGAGCUGUCUAAUGGAAGAAACCCUGAAGCUGGAGAUAUUGAAGACAUUUCUCUUGAUGCGGUAUUUAGUGAAGACGAUAGUGAUGUGACAGGAGAUGAUUCUGAGAGUGAUGGAUAUCUCUCAGAGGACUCAAGUUGUGCACAUGUUGCUGAAAGUGGAAGUGAGGAUUAUCUUAAAGACAGCAGUGGAGGUAGUGCUUUAUCAGUGCAAAACAACAAAAUUCAUUUAGAUCUUGUACAGAAGAAAAAAAAAUUGAACAGGUUGCAGGAAAAGGAUCCAGAAUUUGCUAAGUUUUUGGAAAGCUAUGAUAAAGGCCAACCUUUCAGAAACGAAGAAACUUAUUCUGAUGAGGAUGAGAUAAGUAAUGAAGGCAUGGCCUCAAAUGAGGGCAAGUUCUUGACUAGCUCUGCUGUUAAAAGUUGGUGUCAGCUAGUGAAGGAGCAGCACAGUGUGCCUGCCUUAACUAGUCUCUUAAAUGGAUAUCGGGCUGCAUGCCACUAUGGAACCAAGUCAAGUGGUGUCCUUGAUGCUGAAUCAUGGAGUAGAAUUCAGAACAGUGAAACUUUCUGUGAGAUAUUGAUGUUCGUACUUCAUGAGGCUGAUAAUAUAUUUCGAGGGCUACUGGAAAUAUCGAGUUCUAAUUGCAAGAAGGAAGCAAUUUUGGGGUUAAAGAAUACUUCAAAAUGGAAAACUCUGAGGCCACUAAUUAAAUCUUAUUUGAGGAGUACCCUGUUUCUCCUGAGUCAAGUUACCGACUAUGAGAUAUUGGCCUUUGCCCUAGCAAGACUCAGAAAUUCAAUUUUAUAUUUUGCUGCUUUUCCUUCUUUACUGCGCAGAUUGAUCAAGAUUGCAGUUCAUUUGUGGGCAACAGGUGGAGGAGCCCUAUCAUCACAUUCCUUUCUCAUCAUAAAAGAUGUGGCGUCUGUGUUUAGCUCCAAUUGUUUUGACACCUGCUUUGUUAAAACUUACAAGGCCUUCAUUGGUCACUGCCAGUUUUUGGAGUCAGCUGUAUUUAAACAUAUGCAAUUUCUGAGGAAUUCCUUGGUUGAGCUUUGCUCUCUAGAUAUGCAGAAAUCAUCUAGGAAAGCAAUGGUUUCUAUCAAGCAACUUGCAAAGACACUGCAGCAGGGUCUACAAAUGAAGAAGGAAGCGCUAAAGAAAAUAUGCAGUUGGCAAUACGUUAAUUGCAUUGAUAUUUGGGUAACGUUUAUAGCAGCAAAUAUACGUGAUUAUGAUCUUCAACCACUGCUUUUUAUGAUCAUUCAGAUUAUAAAUGGAGUGGCUGUCCUGUUUAGUGGACCAAGAUAUUUACCCUUAAGACUUAAAUGCAUCCAAUGGCUGAACCAUCUCUCCAGUUCUAGUGGGAUUUUCAUCCCUGUUGCAUCAUUGGUGUUGGAUGUUUUAGAAUAUAAUAUUAGUAAGGAGGGCAGGAGCAACGAAAAGGCUGUCAACCUUUCAUCUGCUGUUAAGUUGCCAAAACACUGGUUAAAAUCACGAAAUUUCCAAGAAGAGUGUGUUUCAUCUGUCAUUGAACUGCUUGCAGAGCAUUUUGCUCAAUGGAGCUACCACAUAUCUUUUCCUGAACUGGCAACUAUUCCUCUCGUCCGGCUCAAGAAGUUUAUUGAGAUAACUAGUAUCGAGAGUUUUAGACGUGUGGUGAAGCGUUUUAUUGAUCAGGUGGAGCACAACAUAGAGUUUGUCCAGAAGAAAAGAGAUGAGGUGGCUUUUUCACCCAAAGAUCUGCAAUCUGUUGAAUCAUUUCUCCAGCUGGAGAAGCAUAGUGGCAAGUUCCCAUUUACACAGUAUUACAGAAGCAUCAUGGAGAAGGCUGCUUCUAGAAAUCUGGUUUUGAAUGAAAAGUUUGCUGGAGCAGAGAAAAUCAUAAAGAAUAUACAACAGCAUCCAUCUGACAUGGUAGAUGUGGGUGGUAAAGGCAAAGGACAUUCAGUGAAAAGAAAAACACUUUCUCGUGAGAGAAAGAAUGGAAAGAAAAUUAAAGUGUGAACAUAAAUGUUUUCUCAUGAGUCAUGACCAGGUUUUGAUCCUAUAUCAAACUCAGAGGAGAGAUAUCAUUCUAUGAUUUAUGAUAUGUUACAAUUAUUUGAUAUACACCAAAUUUAGACUUAAAAACUAAAAAAAGAAAUGAUUCAAACCUAACUUAGGCUUCUAGAAAUUUUUAUUGUAAGACCAAGAUGCAAAGCUUAAGGUUGUUUAGAUUUGCAGAUAGGCUAGACUUGAGUAAUGAGUUUUGUUUCUAAUAUUUGAAAGUGAUGUUCAGUUUUGAUUCUUUUGAACCAUUUUUGGUGAAUAUGUUCCAUACCAUAUACCAUUCAUAUAUUCAGGUAUGGUAGUAUGUAGUAAUCAGCUGAAUUACAAAACACAAAAAAACAAAAGAAGUGAGCAAUUGCAUUA